AUGGCGCUGGGAGUGCUGUGCGAGCACGCACUUGACUGGGUGACCGAGCAGAAUCGCCCAGAAGGCCUGUGUGCCUUCUGUCUGUGCACCUUGGAGCCCCCCGGACCGUAUCCUAAUCAGGACACAGGCGAGGCGCACAACCCUACGGACCAGCAGGCCUCAGCCCCCUCUCUGCUGGUGCGCUUACCGUGCUAUCACGCAUUUCACAGGAGCUGCUACACCUCCUGGUGGGUCUGGCGGCAGCGCUCCCUGGAGCGUCAGGAGCGGGAGCUGGUGAACCACACGGGGGCUUCAGCGGCGUCCGUUCUCAAGGAGCAAGACCUGCCGCAACGUGACGAGUAUGGAGUUUACCAAACCAGCUGCCCCGUCUGCCGGGCACCCGCACACCUGGACAGCCUGGGACCUCAGCUCCGAAACCAACUCCUGAGCACGGCCGCCGCUGCCGCCACCGCCACCGCAUGCAGUGGCGGCGGUGGCAGUGCCAGCCGGUACUCGGGACAUCACCGCCACCAUCAACGAGGUGGUGGCGGCCCACGGCGCACGGCCCAGUGCCCCGGACCGGAGCUGAAUGGGCAGCACCGACCGCCAGGAGGUGUGUGGUCGGGGGAUGAAGAGGACAGGGAGGGCCCGGCGGACGGGCCCCCCGGCGGACGGGGCAGCAGCGGCGUCCGCGGCUUGGAGGUCUCCCAGGAGAACCACCAGGACCAGCAGCAGCAGCAGCAGCACCGUCCUCAGCACAGGCUGAGUGCCGCUGAGCUGGAGAGCUACCGGGAGGUGCAGACUCGGCAUGCGGCGCUGCUGGCGAGGCAGCGGGCGGCGGGGGGCCUCAUCGAGUCAGCUUGCUACUCCAUUGCGGGGUGGAUGCCAGGGUCGGAGUCGGCGCAGGGUCAGAGUCAGGGGCAGGGGCAAGGGGAGCAGGUGGGAGAGCGGGAGCAGGAGCAGGGCGAGGGGCAGCAGCUGGGGAUGGCACCGGAGGCAAGUGACGCAACCCGAUGGAAGGGCCGUCACCAUCACCUUCGUGGCAGUGGCCACUGCCGCCCGCGGCAGCAGCAGCCACACCAGCGAGGACAGCAACAGGGGCAACAGCAAGGGGAGCAGCGAUAUCACCGGCACUCUAAGCCGGGGCCGAGGUCGCACCGCCAACCUGAGCCGGAGGAACCUCAGCAGCAGCAGCGGAAUGGAGACGUCCGGCCGGCGGCGCCACUGCGGGUGGCAGCAGCACCAGCAGCUGAGGAAGGAACGCAGCCAGGGGAAGGUGGGGGUAGUGAUGGUGCGGUGGUGACACCCGGCGAGCACCAGCGACUUCGAGGAGGCCCCCAGCAACGCCGACACCAGCACCAACAGCAGCAGCGACAGCAAGAGGAGGACGGAAGCCGCAGGCAUGGUUCGGGGUCAAGGUCCGGAUCAGGGUCAGUCCAGGAAACGGCGGGGCCUGUUGUGGUGGCGGACGUGGCGGCGGCAGGUGCCCCGGGACGAGCGGAUGCGUCAGGGCGUGGGGAAGCUGUGUCAUUGCCGCUGCAGCCGCAGCGACCGCGGCAUAUGCAACGGCAGCAGCAGCAGCAGCAACAACAGCCCAGAGAGUCGUGCUCCUCGGACGUUGCUGCUGCAGCGGCGGUUGUAGCAUCGGCGCUUCAGGGUGUCUGCGGAAGGGGCGGCGGCGGGGGCCGGGGCCGGGGGGGUGGCGGCGGGAGGGGCGGCGGCGGUCGCAGCAGCAGCGGGAACGGUGGCGGCGGCGGUGGUGGUGGUGGUGGUGGGGAAGCAGCUGCGGGUUCUGGACGGGCUGCUGGCGGUUCGGAUGCUGGCUUGAUGGGUGCUGGGCUUGGUGGGAGAGGCGGAGGGCGAGGCUUUGGCCAGCGGGUUCCUGCGCAGAAGGAGCAGGGGCAGGGGGGAGUCGGCGCCCCGAGGUAUACGUAA